AUGACUCAACUUCACGAACGACAUCCGAAUCUAAAAGUUCUGCUUGCAAUCGGAGGAUGGAACGAGGGUAGUAAAAAUUACUCCGAUCUCGUUUCAUCCCCUAAACAAAGAACUACAUUCAUCAACAGCGUAGUAAACUUCCUUGGGAAUUAAAAGAAGCGUUCAAGAAGUCGAAAUAUCUGCUAACAGCAGCUAUAAGUGCUAAUCAAGGAACUAUCGAUACCGCAUACGAUAUUCCCGAAAUUUCCAAAUACCUCGACUUUAUUCAUGUAAUGGGUUAUGAUUAUCAUGGAGUAUGGGAUAAAAAAGUGCUUCCAAAUGCGCCAUUAAAAAGCGAAAACGGUCACAGCGUGGUGGAUACACUCAAUUAUUUGUUACGUAAAGGUGUACCAGCGAAUAAAACAGUGUUAGGCCUGCCUAUGUAUGGAAGAACAUUUAUAUUAACGAGCAAAUUAAAUUCAUCUCAAGAAAGUCCAAUUGAUCGACCAGCCACUUCAGAUGGAUUCAAAGGUCCUUAUACUGGGGAAAAAGGUUUUAUGGGAUACAAUGAAAUUUGUGAAGAAUUAGUGAGUCAUACAAACAACUGGAUAACUGGUUGGGAUGAUAACAGCGAUACUCCCUACGCAGUUGAUAAUGAUCACGUCAUAAUGUAUGAUAACCCAAGAAGUUUAAAAGCGAAGGUUGAACACGCAAUGAGCUUGAAUUUAGCCGGUGUAAUGAUAUGGAGUAUCGAUACCGACGAUUUUAAUGGAAAGUGUGCCUCUUUGAAAGACUCUCUAGACAGAACUGAAAUUACAUAUCCUUUACUAAGAUCGAUCAACGUGGUUCUAUCUCAAAAUGGUAAUAACAACGAUAAUGGAAACAAAAAUGUUGAUAACAACAAUGGUAAGAAUGACGAUGGCAACAGAGGCAAUAACUCAUCUUCAAUCGCAAGAUUCUCUUAUAGUUUUAUUUUAAUAACAUUAACAUCUUUCAUAUAUUACAUUUGA